AUGACGACCACAGUCAGCACAAUACCUGGCGACACUGGAGUGCAGCGUAUACCUAUCAAGAACACAGAUAAGAUUUAUCAACCGUAUGAAGACGUUCGAUAG